AUGUCGCAGAUACAACUAGACCGAUUUUAUACAGUGACUAGGAGCGGAAAAACGCCAGCCAGCCAGAAGCGCACUUAUGAACAGGAUCUCACAACAAGAUCAACAACUGAUACAAAUCCUUCCAAACGUCCCGCCCACAUCAGAUUUGCAAACCUAGCCACUGAUCAGAUGUGUGUUCCUGUCACGACCUUUCACUCCCCACGCCGUCCUGGUAAAGUUGCACGAACGGCACAGACCCCGCAGACAAGUCAGAGUUUGGAUGUUUGUGAUCAGCAGACUACCAAAAGACUCGUUGAACCGCGGGACAAUGGUCGUACUUCCAAAAAAACCAGGUCACCUGCAGUCCGAACACCAAAGUCAACAGCCAGAAAAGCAGCUACUAAACCCGAUGCCUCUUCCAUCUCGAGUUUCCUGCAUUCCGGCGGAAAACCUACUCAGGAAGCUCCUCACAGCGUAAAGAAUAACGAAUCCUGUGCUCUGCGGACUCCAAAAACUACAACAAGAAGAGCGCAAGCGAAAGUGGUGCACAACAAUCAUGUGGCUGAACCUCACGGGAAUACGGUGGUUGCAAGCUCGUCAGUGAUUACAAGCAAACCUUCUCCAGCGCCUGCGCUUGUACCUUCUACGUCCACUUGUGCGGUAGUCCAGCGUGUACCAGCCCACGAGCGCUUCGCCGAUUUGGUUAACGAUAAUGAGCAGGUGGACCAGGUACCUAAUGGAAGCCUUACGCCUUCCCGACUUCCCAUCAGCAGCUUAGCUACUGAUCUGGAACUUACUCAAACAACAGAGGAACUACCCCCCGGUUUGACUCUGCCCCAUCACCUUCGCUUGUUGCUUGAGCUGUUCCGCAGUUGUGACACAGUGGUCAGCAUGUUGCAUAACCGCCUAGAGAUGUGUUCUUUCGACAAACUCAAACCAGCCGUCCAAGAGGUCGUCCGCAGGAAUUUCGAAGAGUCCCAUAUCGGUCAGUUCCUCGCGGUCUAUCCUAUGGUCUAUGUGUUACGUUACGAUAAACAGCUGGACAAAUAUUUACGUCGACCGACCGGUAACCAUGUACUGGUUUUGGUGCCCAAUCUUCGGACAGAUGGUACGCAACUCGGGCAUGACUCUCCGUCCAAAGGACAUAUAAUCUUCACCGGUACGCGAUUGAUUCAAAGACGCAAGCGCUUCCAUCGUCUACUUCUCGGUCACGUGUUUCGGGCUCAUCGGGAAUUUUUGCAAUCCAAGUUGGGGAUCGAUGCCUCUCAGCUUCCUGACGACAAAGAGUUGAGACGGUGGCAUCCUCGCUUCUGCCUUGACACGAUGGUACCGCUCAUCCAACCUGCACCUCUUCCUGUUCGACCGUCGGCAAUGGACAGCAAGAUCACCACGGCAAAAGAUGCUGUAAAGGCUUUUCAGGCUCGUUCAUUGUUUCGCGAUGCCGAUGUCUGUCAGAAUGUAGCCAACUUGAGGUACCAGGAAUGUUUGCCCCCUAUUCCAAGUCCCACAAAGCUGAGUGCUUGUUCGCCCCGUAAGCCUCCACUCUCGGUUCAGCAGUGUGCUGGAAGGGUGGGUUCUCAAACCUUGCCGUCAAUUGCCUUAUUCAAAUCCUCGUCGUCAGUGGAUCAGGCAGCCACUCCUCCACAGGUGGCAAACAACCUUAAGGGUGUGUCGGAAGCACUAUUGGCCAAAGUUCGUGCGCGGGAGAAUGAGCGGCGGUUGCUCACUAUGCUUGCUAUGAACACGAUACCCGAAUCCCGUCGGGCGAUCUAUGCCCGAUUACCCAGUAUGAUCACCCAAGUGUGGACUGUCAUGCGACCUUUCAACGGACGUCCUGUUCCAAUGACUACGGUGGCUUCUCGCGUUGCCGACGCGCAUCCGAGUGGAUUAUCUGCUGAUGCAGUUAAUGAACACCUGAAGGUCCUUCUCGAGGUAUGUCCAACAUGGCUGCAAAAAGUGAACUGGUCCGUUCCACACCUGUGUAUGUCGGAUCCGAGUCGAAGUGUAAAAGAUGUCAUCGAUUGGGUGAAGAUUAAGUUGGCAGAUGAGGGAUUCCAGUUUUAGCCGACUUCCUCAACGAACUGUGCCCCUUUUCUGACCCCAAUUUUUUCGUGAUCUCUGUAUUUGUGUUCCCUAUUUCCUAUCUAUCGGUUGCCAGAUGUGAGUAAUGUCGUGUACUUUUUUCUCAAGCCCUUCCCCUCUGCAGCUGCUUCAUGUGUUUGUAUCUCCA